AUGAGCCAUCUGAACCCCAGUUUGAAUGUGCCUGUCACCACCCCUUCCCCCACAAAACACCAGCACAUGACACCCGGUGCACGUCUGCAGUCGGAUGUGGGUCUCCAAACCGCCUCGACGCCGGUGUUUCCCUCUGCAAAAACAAUCAACUUAUCGAGAAAGAACCCCAAAAGCAGAUCCAACUCCGUCAGAUCAAAAGGAAUCGGCUUGAACUUGGCGGUGUCACCCGCCAGCAUCAGCCCAAACCCUAACAACAACCCCGCUGUGUUUGGAUCCACUUCCAGUCCCGGUACCGUUUCACACUUGUCUCAGGUGCCUGAAGAUCCUGUUUCCAGAUCUGAUUCCACCAGUCCGUCUGUCCACGGAGGCCCGAUCCUGGAGCUCAAAUACGAUAUUCCAUUGCCAUCAAUGGCCGAGGUCCUGGACUUAGACAUUGAGGGUCAAUUGCGGCUUUUGGCAUUGAGAGAAAUGAGUAUAGUGGAGAUCAAGGACAGUAUUGCCAGUCUCAACAGCAAAUUACAGCAUCACGAAAAUGAGCUCCGUAAGCUCAGAGAAGUAAUCCAGAAACUGUUAUACAUGGAGCUAUCCAACUCGCAGAACCACGAAGGAAGACGCAGAAACGAUAGUAAUUCAACCCAAGAAGCCUUAGCUAACUCCAAAAGCCACCGAGGGAAGUUAUCACUUCUGCAAGAUAAACCAGACUACAGUAAAGACAAAGGUGGUUUGUGGAGCAGUCUUUCCAAACCGCUAUCUUUAAUUCAGCAGCUAGAUACGAUGUUGCAAAACGAGUUUGAAAAGUCUCUCACAUCUCCUCCACCAAAUCAACAAACCCACCCAGUACGAAGGCAUAAGACUAGGCUAUCCGAAGAUUCUACGUCCAGUGUCAGCUCGGUGCCUUCGCCUCUACAGUCGAGGUCAGGGAGAAAUGAUCCUGUGAACCUCGAUGGGUACAUUGAGGGAGAUGAGACUAAGCCAAAAGGACCAGAAGAUAUGAUGCAAGUGGUUUCGUCGAGUCUCUGGUCGUUUGUAAGUGAGAUACGUAACAACGUCUUGAACAGCAUGAACGACGAAGACGAAACCAGCCCUUACAUUGACAAUGGUUCGAACAUGAACCUGAAUGACAGUAACGACCACACGAUAAUCAAUGAAAACGAGUUUGAUAAGCUCCUUGAUCUUAAUUAG